CCAUUUAAUUAAUAAAAUAAAAUAAAUAUUUAUGGCAGGGGCGUCCAGCUCUCUCUUCUGCGAGACUGGAACGUCCGCCGUCUCCUCGCUCUCUCUCUCACACGCACAAAUCGAUCAUGUAAGUCACAAUGGUUCGUCUUCUCAUCGAGCUCUGGUUUUAAUUUCUUCAAUCAAUAUCUGAUCUUUGUAUUUAUUGCGAUUUCAAACCCCAGAAACCCUAGAAUUUAUCGAUCCAAGAAUCGAUAUUUAGUCCCCAAUCCAUUGGACCACAUCGACACCCCAUUUCGUCAAUUAUUGUCAGUUGAUUUCCCAAGAUCACCUUCAAAAGCCCAAGCUUUUAGGCUUUCCUCUGUGUUUGGGCUCAAAUGGAAGUUGGGCUCGUCACGAAAGGCUUGAAUUUCUCUCGGCGGAGAAAGAGAUGGCUUUUCGCACUUGCAGCUCUUGGCGUGUCCGGUUAUGGUGCUUAUAGGGUUUAUAACUUGCCCUCUGUGGUCAAGAAGAGAAAGAGGUUCGUGAAGCUCUUAGGAGCCUUAAUUUCUGUGGCCGAGAUGGUCUCUGAUUCGGCUGAGACCAUCGGCAUUGUCUCCAAGGACUUGAAGGAGUUUCUACGUUCUGAUUCAGACGAAAUGCCCCAGAGUUUAGUGCAAAUUUCCAAAAUUGCGAGGUCGGAGGAGUUCUCUGGGUCGCUGAGUAAGCUUACAGAGGCUAUGACGGUUGGGAUUGUUCGAGGGUGUAAAUUGGAGAUGGAAAAUCAGAGUGAAUCAGAGACGGGUUUGGGGAAUUCGAGCUUUUCCGAUAGGGUUUUGGAGAAGGUUUUCUCUACAGCCGGGACAGGGUUCGUUUCUGUUGUGGUUGGGAGCUUUGCGAGGAACUUGAUUCGGGGUUUUUACUCCAAUGAUCAAUCAGUCGAUAAUUCCAGUUCGUCCAGGUCAAGUUUAUCGGAUGUGCCUAGAUGGGUUAACGUGGUUUGCAGUGAUAGAAGUAAGGAGCUCAUGGCAAAUUGCAUACAGGUUUUCGUAAGCACUGCAGUUGCAGUGUAUCUUGACAAAACGAAGGAUAUCAAUUUCAUUGAUGAAAUGUUUGAUGGACUGACCAAUUCCAAGCAUCAAAACAAAGUAAGGGACGUUCUGGUUUCUCUUUGUAAUGGUGCUGUGGAAACGGUCGUCAGAACUUCUCACCAAGUUUUGACGAGUUCAAGCUCGAAUUCGUGUUCUUUCUCCAUUGUUGAUCAGAAUGAAGGUCUAAGUGGAACUACAGACCAGUGCUUGGAGCAAGAAGUAUCUGCAGGGCAGCCGAAGGAGGGAACUUCAUUGGAUGUUAUUCAGAGUAGUGGGUGGGUCGGCAAGGUUUCAUCUACAUUGGCAGUGCCAAGCAAUAGGAAGUUUGUUCUUGAUGUGACAGGGAGGGUGACAUUUGAGACAGUACGUUCUCUUGUUGAAUUUAUGUUGUGGACGGUGUUAGAUGGCUUGAAAAGAAGUGUUAAUGUACUUCAUGGGGAGGUUGAAGACAGGGGAUUGCAAGUCAUCAGAUACUUCAGUGGAAAGUCGUCCGUUAUAGUUACCAUAUGUCUUGUUUUGCAUUUAUAUAUCCUGAGUGGUACUAGAGUUCUCUUCACUGCUUAAUUUGGUGGCUUUAUCUCUCCCUUGUAACAAGCUCCUAUCAGGGAGCUGUUCAUAUGUUUAAAUCUGGAAAUGGAGAGAGUUGGUGGUCCAAGACUCCAAGGUGUCACCAUAUAUAUCCAUGCCAUUCCCCCUUCACAUGGAUAAGUAAGAAUUCAAUCCCUUAUAAUAUUCUGCUUGUUGACUAGAAACAUUAGGAAAUGUGAUUACUCUGGAACUAUACCUGAUUUAGUGUCUCUGGUAGAAAUAAGAUUUGUGUAGGAAAUGGAUGAUUGAAGCAGUGAUCAAUGCUGUUGCAGGGAAGAAUGUAAUUUUUGAAACAAGUAAUGAUUCUUUUCCAUUAAGGUCAUCUGAGAUACUUUAUAAAUGGGAAGUGGAAUUGGAUUGUAACAGCCAAUUGAAUUCAUUGAUAAAUGGAUCAAAUUGCCACAUUCAGGACAUCCUGCCAUUACAAAAGCUUGGUGCUAGUGGUGGCCUCUGUUCCCUUUAUUUGAGGUGACUGACGUUUGAGUUCCUUUGACCCCUUUUAUCAAACCAUUAUAUUUUGUAUAUGUUAGAGUUUCUGCUUCAAGCAGGUCUGGACAACUCGUACUCUGUUUCAAACAUCCAGAGAGAAGUGGAAAUAGUUCAAAAGAAAUUCCCUUUUGAGUAAAUGGCCGUUCAGAAAUGGUUGUAAAGCUAACAUAUUUGUAAAACUCCAUCAAAUUCUCCUUGUGCUUAAUUAGGUCAUUUUCCAAUCA